CGGGUAAAACGGAAUACCACGACGUAGACCAAGUAACGUUACUGCUCAUGCUCAGUAAGAUUCCUAGAGCCCGGAGAGCCGAGGCUCGCCCGUGGAAUAAUUGAUCCAAUCGAAACUCGCCUCGCUCCCGCCACGUUUUGUGCACUGACGCGACGCUCUUUAUGUAAGCUCCGCAAUCGCGCAUCCCGCUGCUUCGUCCACAGCUUUACCCGUAACGAAAAGAUUCCGUAUGUGUUCUGUGUCGUGUUUUUUUGCUUCGAAUAUCCCUUUGACGAAUUCAUUUCUCGAUACGGAUGACCGAAACGAAGAUAACGGACGAGCAACAACAAGUGUCCUGAUUAAGUGGUCCACUACCCUUGCGUCUCGUCACCCUCGUCGAAUCACAACCUGUUUUACCAUAUAAUCUGCAUCGAAAGUUUCGUGUCACGUUCGUUCACUUAAGAAGGUUUCUGCUUCGACGACUUUUAGGUUCGUUGGUGGAGCGCGGGUAGCUAACAGGACGCCGUUCGUUUGAAUACCAUGAAGACAUGCUUCGAAAGAGCCUGUUGAUAUUUCCAGACCAUGUCGAUUGCAAUGAUGAAUUAUACUUCAAUGAUAUGUCACAAUAAAGAAUAUUCAAGAAAGAUUUUUCGAUCUUUAUUCGGAUGCUUGCUGAAGUGAAAUUCAACUCGAAGAAGUAAAAAGAAUUAUUUUGAAAUAAAGUGUCAAAAAUAACGAAUUCAUUGAGAAAUAAUGAAUUCAUCCAAAUUGAUAUACUGCGAAUGAUGCAUUGCUCGAUCGAUCGGAAUAUAAAAAAGCAGAGGUAUCCUGAUAAGGUUAAGAAGAGGGCAAGGGUUAAGCUGAGCGGAUCAAGAGGGAUCUUCGUGGUGGCAGGAUGAUAUUCCGUAGUGGGGGGUGUGGCUCGACGCGACGCCUACGUAGAACGUAGACCCGUGAUAUAGUACAGUUCGUGGUGGUAUCACGAAACAGUUGGUGAGGUAGAGGCAGUGAAGAGUCGAAGGUGUAUGUACCGCCACGCGGCGCUGUUGUCGCCAUCGUUUGGUACCACCACGAUUGCACCGACGCCACCACCACCACUGUUGUUGGCCACCCCUCGUCCGGUUUAUGUUUCUGACAGUGGCCCGAGCGAGCGGUGACAGCCAAGCCAGCAGUCGUCAGUGCGUCGUCGUACUGUACGUAGUGUUGUCUCUGCGUGGUGUAUAUCGUGAAUACUUUUACCGCGUGGCCGGCUAGCUGUCAAACGUGCGAGCAAUCAAUCGACUUAUGAAACUAUAGCUCUUCCGGGUAUCGAUAUUGAUAAAUACCGAGCUUGUCCGAUAAUCAUUGCCUCUCAUUGUGUCAAGUGUUUUUGUUGCAUCGAAACGUGUUUUCCAGACAACCGAUCGAUACGAUUUUUAUUUUGAAGAAAGAAAGGAAAGAAAAAUAUAAAUGAGAGAAUAUCGUUGCACGAUUUUUAGAGUGAUCCGAUGAAGUAAAAUGUGCAUCGUUCUUAAAUUUAUCCUCUCAAUAUUAUUAACCAGCGGAUCGUUCCCAUUUAUUUCGCGAUCAACGCUUAUACGUAAUCUUUCAUAACAUAAACGUACGCGCGUCGUUUCUUCGAAAACUGAUUUCGAACGAGGAAAGUGCUUUCAAAGAUUUCAGCAUUUCAGUAUACGAUCAUUGAAUAUGACUGAAUUGGCAAAAGAAGCUUUCGCCUCGCGCAAUUAUCGCUUAGCUGUAGAAAUGUACGAACGUAAUUUGAAGCAGCAAGCACCGAGUUUUGAGGUGCUCGUUGGCUAUGGAGAUUCUUUGGCCAAAUGUGGACGUAUCAGAGAGUCCAUUGGUGUUUACUCGAAAUGUUUAGCAGUAGGAUCUGUGGCACCGGAGCGAUUGAAACAUCUGGCGAACGCUUUGUUGGAUGAAUUGUCUGGGGCUGCGACUACAACCAUCAAUUUUCGAAGAAAAAUCGAAACAUCUUUCGCGUGCCCUUUGUGCGAGGGAACCCUGUGCCAACCAGUAACAUCGAAUUGCGGCCAUACAUAUUGCAAAAAUUGCGUGGAGCCGGGCAAAAGCUGUCGCGUGUGCGGGCAAAAAAUCAUCACUGUGAGUGAGACGAAUGUGCUAGUGCAGAGACUGGUGGAAAAGUGGUGGCCGCGAGAAGCAGAGGCUAGCAGAGCUAGACACGAGGGUGAUAUUCUAAUGAAGGAGGGACACUUGGGUCAAGCGCUCGAAAGAUACAAUUUGGCGGUUCAUCUUGCGCCAAACAGCCCACUCCAUCUUAGCAACAGGGCUCACGUUUUGCUCCUGCUGAAUAGACCUCAAGCCUCCCUCACGGAUGCUGAUCAUGCUGUUAGGCUACGACCGGACUGGGGCAAGGGUCAUUACAGACGAGGGGUGGCUUUGUCCGCGCUAGGAAGACACGAGGAGGCACUGUUUGCUCUUUGCAUUAGCGUCGCUAUUGACAAGAAUCCUCAAGCUGUGCGUCACGAAUUAAUCAAGGUGCUGCACAAAGUGUUGUCAUCAGGACAUCGUCGAUAUAGCCUCCUUCCAUCACGUGCCCCUUACAAUCUGACAGAGGGCGCGUCGCGCACCAGAAGUCGCCACCAGUUGAUUAAUCCCAAGAGAAACCGGAGGGCGGCGUUCAAUGCCUCCGACUGCGAGGACAACAGCAGUGGUGGCGAAGAGGAAUUCACUCAGACUGUUAGCAGAAGGCUCCUGUCAACCACAGCCCCACAAAACAACGUGAAGCUCCAGGCUGGCCUAGAUCGUCUCUACCAAGACAUUGAAAAGCUGAAAAGACUCGAAACAAGAUCCGCCGAGAUUCUCCUUCCGCCUCUUUCCGGUGGUACAGCCGGUGAAUUGGACUGCAUCUUGUGUUGUCGACUCUUAUGGAAACCCGUAACAACUCCAUGCGGACAUACGUAUUGUUGGAUGUGUUUGGAUCGCUGCUUGGAUUAUUCCUCGGCCUGUCCUUUAUGCGUCACUUCACUUGCCGAUUAUCUGGCCAGCAGCCAGAAGACAGUGACGGAUUUCAUAGAGAGGGCUUUGAAAACGGUUGCACCCGUGGAAUACGCCUCGAGGGCAGCCAGCCACCGACUAGAGCUCGUCCAAGGACUUGGCCUUCUGGGUAGUGAGCAGAUCGCUGUUUUCGUUUGCACCACAGCAUUUCCAUGUGUCGCAUGUCCGUUGUUCGUGUACGAGCCGAGAUACAGGUUGAUGGUGAGGAGAUGCGUGGAGAGCGGUGUCCGCCAGUUUGGUAUCGCUGCAUGUAUUAACCGAGAGGCUACAGGGACCAGAAGAUAUGCGGAAUAUGGAACCAUGCUUGAGAUUCGAGAUAGAGUGUUGCUAAAAGAUGGCUGCAGCAUUUUGAGUACAGUUGGUGGAAGAAGAUUCAGAGUUCUCUCUGGAGGGGAAAAGGAUGGUUAUGAUACAGCUCAAGUAGAGUUCCUCAGGGAUACGAUGGUUCAGGAUGAUCAACUGUUGAAUCUUCUAGAGUUGCACGACAAGGUAAGGACGAAAGGCAGAAGAUGGUGGGAUACGGUAUCGUUAUCUCAGCAAUUGGAAAUCCAGCGAGUAUUCGGUCGAAUGCCAGACACGGAGGAGGAUUGGCCACGUUUACCUGAUGGCCCAUCGUGGACAUGGUGGUUAUUAGCUAUAUUGCCGCUUGGCCCACAGUUGCAAGUGGGAAUUGUGGGCACCACAAGCCUAGAGAAGAGAUUAAGAGCCAUUGAGAAGACUCUGGAUCACAUGGAGCAGAGGCAAUUGACCGUGGCUCCUGCCACUUCCGAGGAAACGACUACUUCCUCCAGUAUAUGCCGUGACGAAGGUGGUUUAACGGAUACCACGGUCUCGUUGGUCCAGUAAAAGAAGAAACAAAGAAGAAAUAUAGAAGAACGAGAAUAUCCUUUAGAGGAUAUACGUUUAGAUUUUGAUUUCGCUACGAGAUGGCGAUUCGAUGGGGAUUUCAUUCGAUGUACAAAGUACUUGGAGAAUAGCUUAUCGAAGAUUAACUACUUUUUACUCGAUAUUUAAUAUAAACGCAAUUAUAUCCGAAAGUGAGGCGAGGGAUAUUUGUAGCCCGGUUCAUCCAUUUUUCUCCGUAUAUUUAACUUAACCGUUAGUUACGUUUUAAUUCGAGUACCGAAAUUUCUAUUUCUCUCUUUAUUGGUACUCGUUAAACUUACCACACCCGAUCGCCUUAUUGACGGAACGAUAAUGGUGCGAUAAUUAGCAUUUAAUAAUUUUGAGCGUCGAGAUUGAUUCUAAGCGAAUUAUAAUAUAUUACAUAUACAGCAAUAUUACAUUGUAUCGUUACAAAAUUAAUCAAUAUUGAUCGAUCGUUUUAUAUUCAAAAAUGGAGAGAUUUGUUUAGAAUAUUAACUUGAGAUUGACGAAAAAUUUUAACCGAUCACCAAUGAAUCGAUCAAAAGAAGUGAACAGUUGAUUUUCAACAAUGAACUAUAAUAUAUAGCAAUAUUACUAUUUAUUGUAAAAUUAAUAUAUAUAUAUAUAUAUCGAUCGAGUAUCAAAUAUAUAUAUUUUAUAUUCGAAAUUUAUUGAAUAUCGAAAAUUAUAAACCAAACAUCGAUGAAUCGAAAAACUAGACGACCGAUUUUUAGGUGAAUUAUAAGAGAUAUACGUAUAAUAUAAUAUUAUUGUAUACUUGUACCGUUAAACAAAAUUGACUUAAUAUAAAUCGAUCGAUCGUCAAACUGUACAUUUUAUAUUCGAAAAAUAUUUAUGUUUAGGAACUUAUUGAUGUUGAAAUCGAUGAAUUCGACCAAAAGAAGUAAACGAUAGAGCAACAUAUCGAAGUAAUAAAAAAAUGCGGAUAUCGUUUACCUCGGUAAGGCGUGACGGUAUUAUUCGCGCUAUUGCAAUAUGCAAAUCUGUUCUUCCAGAUAAUAUUAUAUAUAUGUAUCUAUAUGUAUACACAUUUAUGUAUACACGUAUAUGAGCAUAUUAUACGUUGCAAUCAGAGGUACGCGCGUCGUUGUCGUCGUCGUCGUUUACGCUUAUGUUGUUCGUACCCGACGAGAAAACUUUUUAUCUUCGAUACAAAUCACGCGGAUAUAUACUCAUUAACGAUGGUACAAUUAUUAGAACGAGGAACGAGACUUAAUCUAUGUGGUGUAAUUCGUCGUGGGUGUGCUGAGUACAAAACUUUGAGUACACGCGAUUAGAAAAAACGUAUUUAGAUUUGUCGCGCGUGGAACCAGUUUUAGCUCAUUCGAAUAAUCCAUAAUCGGGAUAUGAAAAUUGUCCAAUUGUUUCAUUUUCAAUUUUCUUUUAUCCAUUGACAUUUAUAUACAAUUGUAAUUGAUUCGAGAGAUUCAAAUUUAAGAUUUUUAAGAUUAAUUUGUGUAAAAAAUUGUGUAAUUUUGGCAUUUUGUGUGAAUGUUGAAUGAA